GUUUUCAGAAUCGCAGCUCCCUUCAUUCAGCUGCAGAACAUUUCAGGUUUUAUGGGUUCAGUAGGUUGUCUUAAGGCACAUAAACAACUGCCUGCUUGUUGAUGCAGGUUUGGCUAUUUGCUUUUAGAAAAUUUGGCCAUUUAUGAGAACCACGAGAUGUAAUGUCAGAACAAGUGAACAGCCCACUGAACAGCAGUGUCAUUAAUGAUAAAGGCCAACAAAAUCUGACUUUGAAUGUGAUUAAAGGUAUGAAAACUCAAUGGGGUCGUCCAAAAAUGUAAUAAGUGAGCCUGUUGAUGCAGAUGAAGGCUAUAACAUGAUGGCUUCUUUCCAACGCUCCAAUAGCCAUGAUAAAGUGAGGAGAAUAGUGGCAGAAGAGGGACGUACAGCAAGGAACCUGAUAGCUUGGAGUGUUCCACUGGAAAACAAGGAAGAUGAUGGAAAAUCGAAAUGGCAGUCUGGUGGAAAAACAAAGAGGGUGACUCAAGGAACACACAAGACUGCAAAACAGAACACUACCCUAGACUGUAAAUUAACAGCAGCAGGAGAUAAAAACUUUGACAAAAGCCCAACCAAAACAAGGCAGCCCCGGAAGGUGGAUCUGCGGGCUCGGUACUGGGCAUUUCUGUUUGACAACCUGCGCCGGGCGGUCGAUGAGAUCUACGUCACGUGUGAGUCGGACCAGAGCGUGGUGGAGUGCAAGGAAGUCCUGAUGAUGCUUGAUAACUAUGUAAGGGACUUCAAAGCAUUGAUUGACUGGAUACAGCUACAGGAGAAGCUAGAAAAAGCUGAUGCUCAGAGCAGACCUACCUCACUAGCCUGGGAAGUGAAGAAAAUGUCUCCAGGACGCCACGUGAUCCCAAGUCCAUCCACAGAUAGAAUCAGUGUGACAUCAAACGCUCGGAGAAGUUUAAAUUUUGGGAACCCUGCAGUGCCCAUCUCUGCUACACGCCUGGCUCCUGCUGCUGUAAGUUGGGCUGAUAAGGUAAAAGCCAACCAUGGAGCUAAAGCUGCCCAUCCUGAGCUGGCAACAGCACAAGCCUGUCUGGCACCUCCGGCACAGAAGCCACUGCGGAAAAAUGAUCGAAGGGAUGCCGAGGGCUGGGAGACGGUUCAGCGCGGAAGGCCCGUUCGAUCCCGCUCCACAGCUUUGGCAACAAAACCUCCCGGGGCUGCAGAAUCCCUCAAGUCCAGAGGUGACAGUGACAAAGAAAAUGCCGUUUCUCCACCAGCAGAAAACAAGCCCGGGAGUUCAGUCACGGAGAGUGGAGCAUCCAAAAGCACAGAGCCGGGACAGCAGGAGCCUUUACAGCAGCCUGAAGGUCCUCUGACUGAAAGGACUCAGUUCCCAGCAGGUGCCUCAGAAACCAACAGGAGCACUGGGACACCACUGCAAGGAGAUUCCUCACAAGCAGCUCCUGAGAUGCCUCCAGCUCUCCCCAACACUGACUGUGCUUCCAGAGCUCUGCAGCUGAACGAAGCCUCCUCCCAGAGCACUGAUCCUGUGCACUGGCAUCAAACAGAAAAAGCUAAAACUGAAGCUGAAAUGGAUGCCUCAGAUAUUUCAAAUUCCAUGGCAGAAGUCCUUGCUAAGAAAGAGGAGUUAGCAGAUCGCUUGGAAAAGGCCAAUGAAGAAGCCAUUGCCAGUGCCAUUGCAGAGGAGGAGCAGUUAACCAGGGAGAUUGAGGCAGAGGAGAACAAUGACAUCAAUAUCGAGACUGACAACGACAGCGACUUCUCUGCUAGCAUGGGCAAUGGAAGCAUAUCUUUCUGUGGUUUGUCUAUGGACUGGAAUGAUGUUCUGGCAGAUUAUGAAGCUCGUGAGUCCUGGCGCCAGAGCAACUCCUGGGGAGACAGAGUGGAGGAGGAGCCCGCCCGUCCCCCCGGCCACGGGAUCCACAUGCACGAGAAGCUGUCCUCGCCCUCCCGCAAAAGAACAAUAGCAGAAUCCAAAAAGAAACAUGAAGAGAAACAAAUGAAAGCUCAACAGUUGAGAGAGAAGUUACGUGAAGAAAAGACACUGAAGCUUCAAAAAUUAAUGGAGAGGGAGAAAGAUGUGAGGAAAUGGAAAGAAGAAUUGUUAGAUCAAAGGCGCAGGAUGAUGGAGGAGAAGUUACUCCAUGCAGAAUUCAAACGUGAAGUGCAGCUACAAGCAAUUGUGAAAAAAGCACAAGAGGAAGAAGCUAAGGUCAAUGAAAUUGCAUUUAUAAACACCCUGGAAGCUCAGAACAAACGUCACGACGUGCUGAACAAACUCAAGGAGUACGAACAGCGUUUAAAUGAGCUGCAGGAGGAGCGGCAGCGAAGGCAGGAGGAGAAACAAGCCCGUGAUGAAGCAGUUCAGGAGCGCAAGCGGGCGCUGGAGGCGGAGCGGCAGGCGCGGGUGGAGGAGCUGCUGAUGAAGAGGAAGGAGCAGGAAGCGCGGAUUGAGCAGCAGAGGCAGGAGAAGGAGAAAGCCCGGGAAGAUGCAGCCCGGGAGAGGGCCAGAGAUCGAGAAGAGAGGUUGGCAGCUCUUACUGCAGCUCAGCAAGAAGCCAUGGAAGAACUACAGAAGAAGAUUCAGCUGAAGCAUGAUGAAAGUAUUAGAAGGCACAUGGAACAAAUUGAACAAAGAAAAGAGAAAGCAGCUGAAUUAAGUAGUGGAAGACAUGCUAAUACUGAUUAUGCACCAAAACUCACCCCCUAUGAACGAAAGAAACAGUGCUCCUUAUGCAAUGUGAUGAUUUCAUCAGAAGUGUAUCUAUUUAGCCACAUUAAAGGGAAAAAACACCAACAAGCUGUGAGAGAAAACAGUAGUAUACAAGGACGAGAGCUUUCAGAUGAAGAAGUGGAGCACCUGUCAUUAAAGAAGUACAUUGUGGACAUUGUGAUUGAGAGUUCUGUUCCUGUGGAACCAUUAAAAGAUGGAGAGGAGAAACAAAAAAUUAAAAAGAAAGCCAAGAAGCUAAAGGCACGGAUGAACUCCAGGGCAAAGGAAUAUGAGAGCUUGAUGGAAGCAAAAAAUGCUGUGUCUGAUUCCCCAUUUAAAUCCAAGUUACAGCGACUGACAAAAGACCUUCUAAAGCACCUCCAAAUGCAGGAGAGCUGCUCACUGGGGAACAACAAAGUGCCUGGGCUGGACAGGACUUUAGGAGAGAUCUCUCGUAUUCUGGAAAAAGAGAACACAGCAGAUAAAAUAGCAUUCCGGGCUGCAGGAGGACUGACUGCCCUUGAAAAUGUUCUGCAAGUGGUGACUUCUCCCUCCAACCCGAGCGCAGCUUCCCGGGUCCCCCUCAAGUCACUGUGCAGUACAGUAAAUGUUUACAGCCUCACCUGCAGCAACUGCAUAGAAAACUGCACCUAUGUUCUCUUCAGUAAUAAGGUCACUUUUCUGAUGGACCUGUUGAUACACCAGCUUACGGUUAGUGUUCCAGAUGACCAUAAUGCUACUGCAGGCAGAAGUGUAAAUAAGCAGGUAUUUGAAGGUUUAACAACAGGACUUCUGAGGGUAACUGCUAUGAUUUUCAGAUGUCUAAUCUCCAGCUUCCCAGAUGGAAACAACCACUCUACUGCACUGAAGAUAUUACAGGAAGUGAAAAGUAAAUCCUCACAAGUGGAAGCCUUCAACAGCAGAGUGCAAGACCUAAUCAGUUACGUGGUGAACAUAGGAUUGGUAGACAAGCUGUGUUGCUGUUUCCUCUCUGUUCAAGGCCCUGUUGAUGAGAAUCCCAAAAUAGCAAGUUUUCUCCAGAAUGCCACGGCCGUGUUGCACGGGAUGUGCCAGCUGUGUUUCACUGUCAAUGGAAGAUGUCCAGUAGCAACGUUCAGGAUGAUAGCCCUGUUUUCCAGAGUGUGUUAAUGUAAAUAUGAGAGAUACAAAGCCUAUUUUGGGCCCUUGAGUCCUGAGUACACAUAUGAAAUGUGCUUGGCUUGUACCCACAGGACAGAAAACAAUGAGCAGGCAUGGAAUGCAAGGAGCAUUAAUAAAGGUAUGGCCAUGCUGCCCUAGCUCAGCUUUCCCUAAAAUCAGGAGUGAAGACUUAGGUAAAAAUCUAUAUGGCAAGUCCUUCCUCAGCAUAGCAAGGAUUUUGCUUAUGUUCCUGUCUUUUCCUGUCUUUCCCAGUGUUCAUCAAGUCUAGAUGCCUUUUUCCCCUGUAAUUCUCUGGAACUAAGAUUCCUGUCCUAGAAGUUUAGUUGUUACUCUAUGGAGGACUAUAGUCAGUGCCUUAUUUCACUUUUGCCCAUUAGUAUGAGUGAAUAAAUUCAUACUGACCACAGAGUUAAUGCAAAGAGCAGGAGGAAAUUAUCAGCAGUAGUGUAAGGGUAAAUCACAAAGGCAGAACGUUCUCUCUAAGAGCGGGACAGUGGAGAGCAAUAACACACAUGGCAAGGAGGAAAGUGAGUUGUGCAUAAGGAGAAUAUUGCAAAUAAUAGUCCCUCAAAUUAUGUAGUUUCUUGGGACAUAAGCUGUUUAAAAAUUUUGCUGUUUUCUUGAUGUGAGAAAUGUCUGCAAGCUCCCUUGUUAAUCUGGGAAAAUAGAAUGUGGGAGCAGUGCAGUAACUAAAUUGUUACUGUUCUAUGUUAUCUCAAACCAGUGUGGAAUAUAUAUAAACCUGUGUCAACAGCUAACUCAGUUGUGGAUUACAAGAUGCAAUGGCAGAAAGCUUCAGAUUCAGGGUUUGAUCCUGGGAAACCAUGACUGUUGUUUCACAGAUACGCAAGGAAGGAGGCUGGUCUGGUUUCGGUUUUAUUACAGUAAUUAAGAUAAUGUCUGUUUUGGCUGCUGGAUGGCGAAUCAGAUGCAGGUCUGUCUGAACCUUGGUUGUGCUUCUCACCACUUCCAGGGGACAGCAGCUCCAGCAAGUACUAAAGUACCUAAAACUUGUUCCUGAAAUUACUAAAAGGUUUCACAUCAUCGCUUUUACGCAGCAGUGCAAUCCCUACCUUGACAGUGUGAAUUGUAACAGGGUCUGAUAGGUGCUAAAUGCUUCUUUAUUCUUUUUUUAUUAUUAUUUUGCCUCUUUAUUUUGACAUCUCUUUCUAAAUAGAAUAAUUUAAAAGCAAAAAGUACCGAUGAUAGUUUUUAAAUCCUAACAAUAAAAAACCCCAACAGAUUAUAUUCUAAGCCUGUUGAAAACUCGUGUUGCCAUUUUGCUCCAUGUUUUUAAUCAGGAGUAUAUAUUUCAAAUAUACAAACAUUACAAUGUAUACCCUUGGAGAGGCUUGUCUGCUUGUUAGCUCAGUCAGUUUUUAAAACAAUAUAUUUUCAGAUAUAAACAGUUUGCUCCUAUUGAAGCCUGGAGAAAUUGUAGUUUUAUACUUGUUCUGCAGAGUAUGCUGUUUCUCAUCAAGCUGUAUUGAAUUCCUGUUUUUAAUAAAUAGUGGUGUAUUUUAAGCAAUGAAGUACCACUGUUUAGUAUCUUUCUUUCAUGUGAUGAAUAUAUCCAUGUUUUUAAAUUCUUAAACCUUUUUUGUGAGUCGUAAACCCCGUACCAAUUCCUGAGACUCCUGGAUGGCCGAAGCUGAAAAUCAUAAUGGUGACCCCUAAUGAAAAUUCCCUGCAUUUCAUGAAAACUUUAUUUUUUUUAAGAACCUGCAGGUUGUUUGACCGUAAUAUAAAUAUUUGCCUGUUUUUCUAUGUUAAAUAUAAAGACUGGUAAAGUUUGAAAGCCUGUCUGUUUUCCCAGCUAUAUCAGCCAAUGUAAAAAAUCCGGUAAGUCUUGCUUCCCUCCAGGGAUUAAUUGAGGGGGUUUUGUCCGUAGUGACUAUUUUACUUUGGCAGCUGUCACAGACACAGAGACAAAGCUUCUUUAAACAGGAGAAUUAAAAGGAAGCACAGCUACAGGAAUCUCCUCUCUGAAU